AAAGCAAUAUACAAAAACUCCCCAUUUUCACUUAGUACCGGAGAGGAGCAACCAAACCUAGAGAGAGAGACGCCAAUGGCUGUCGCCAACAGAACUACGAUCAGUCGAGCCCUAGAUUUCUCCAGGCUAGCUUCGAGCUUUAUCAGAAACUUCAGCACUUCUACGCUGUCAACCUCUUCUUCGGAUCCCAGUGCCUCGGCUGCUGCGAGUAAAAACAAGCGGAGGAAGAAGAAGAAGAACCUGUUCGAAGUAAUUCAGUUUUUACCCAAUUGGGGAGUAGGAUACCAUGUCGCCAAGGGUCACUGGGAUGAAAUAUCGUACCAGAUCACCAAGAUUAAUCUGUAUAAGAAUGGCACGCAUGGCAAGGCUUGGGGCAUCGCUCAUAAAAAUGGUGCGCCCAUUGCUGAAGCUCCAAAGAAGAUCAGUGGAGUUCACAAGCGCUGUUGGAAGUAUAUCCCAAGCUUGCCAAGAUCAUUAGAGAACGAACCAACCACAAUGACGAAUUUGGGAGAAAGCAACCCAUCAGCUGAGGUUCAAAGUUCAUGAGACUGCAGAGAAAUUUAAGCUGCUGAUUCUUUUUGGCCUACCUUAUUUCCAGGUUCACAGAGUUCUAAUUCUCUCUAUAUUAGCAGUCCUUAAAUGUAGUCAGGUUUCCUAACGCCAUCAUAUGAGGAGCAUUUUGAGCUUUGCUUGUUUCGGAGAUAAAGAAAGAUCAAUCAUCCCGAACUAUGUGUAAGUUAGAACUUGUUUCCUAUUCUCAGUUACUACUGGAUUUUUAUGUUAAAUAGGUUGAAGAAUCUAGUUGGUAUUUGUUAA